AUGGCAAGGGAUGUUCUUUCUAUUCAUGUGUCCACUGUUGCAUCUGAAUCAGCCUUCAGUACAGGUGGUCGUAUUCUUGAUUCAUAUCGGAUUUCUUUAUCACCAAAGACAGUAGAAGCUCUUAUUUGCACUCAACAAUGGAUACGGUCACUUUCUAAAGAAUGGAAGGUUCAAAAUUAUUUGGAGGAAGUUCAAAAAAUUGAAGAAAUUGAAAAAGUUGACCUAUUUGGUGAGGAAACUGAAGAGGAAAAGAAGGCUGCUGAAGAACGUGCUGCAGCAUUGAAGGCUUCAGGGAAGAAGAAAGAAUCUAGCAAGUCCUCAGUUCUCAUGGAUGUCAAGCCAUGGGAUGAUGAGACUGAUAUGAAAAAGCUUGAAGAAGCAGUUCGUAGUGUUCAUAUGGAAGGAUUGACUUUUGGAGCAUCUAAACUUGUUCCUGUUGGAUAUGGUAUAAAGAAGCUGCAAAUUAUGCUUACCAUUGUGGAUGAUUUGGUCUCCAUGGAUGAUCUCAUCAAGAAUUAUCUAACGGUUGAACCUAUCAAUGAGUAUGUGCAGAGCUGUGAUAUUGUUGCUUUCAACAAAAUAUGAUUUCUGCUAUUCUGAAGUUUUGAUGGGAAGGGUUGGUGAUCAUUAGACUUUUCUUUUGUCGAAAGAGUGUACCUUAUAAAUCAUCUGUUUUUCUUCCUUGUUUGGAAGAAUAUUUACUUAUAAAAGUAUUGAAUUUGAAUA